CUCUCGCAGCCUGGCUUGGCUCGCAUCAUCAAUCAAGAGGAGCGGGAGCAGUAACAACAAGGCCCGAUCAGAGCUCCUUCUCGUCUUUGCCAUCACACGAUAUCCCUCAGCACAACAUCAUCAUGAACACCUUUACCGCCGCUCGACGUCUUCCCAGCACCUUGUUGCGUGCCAGCCAGACGACGGCUACCACAGCCGCCACUGCCUCGUGCUCACGCACCUUGGCUCUCGGCGCUACUCGCAGCUUUGCCUCCGAGGCAGCAGAGGGCGCUGGCUCUGUUAGCUUUAAGCUAAGCGAAGACCAAGAGGCUUACCAGGACCUUGCCCGCAAGUUCACAGCCGAGCACAUCAUCCCCGUAGCACGCCACCACGAUGAGACGAUGGAGUACCCCUGGCCUGCCAUCAAGAAGGCGCACGAGGUUGGUCUGCUCAACACCCAUAUUCCAGAGGAGUUCGGCGGACCUGGUCUGGGUUUGAUGGAGUGCGCCUUGAUCUCCGAGGAGCUCGCUUUUGGCUGCUCAGGCGUUCAGACUGCUAUGGAGGCAAACGGGCUCGCAGAGGCACCUGUCAUUGUGGCGGGCAACAAGGAGCAGAAGUCAAAGUACCUGGGAAGGAUGACCGAGGAGCCCCUCGUGGCAUCGUACUGUGUGACGGAGCCUGGUGCUGGGUCCGAUGUUGCGGGCAUCUCGACUCGCGCCGAGAAGAAGGGCGACAAGUGGGUCAUCAACGGCAGCAAGAUGUGGAUCACAAACGGAGGCCACGCCAACUGGUACUUCGUUCUGGCCAAGACGGACCCGUCCGCAAAGGCUACCAAGUCCAUGAGCGGCUUCAUCGUCGAUGGUGACUCGCCAGGUAUCAUCAAGGGCAAGAAGGAAGUCAACAUGGGUCAGCGUUGCUCCGACACUAGGAUGAUCACGUUUGACAAUGUCGAGGUGCCAGAGGAGAACAUGCUGGGCAAGCCUGGAGAUGGCUUCAAGACUGCCAUGGGCGCCUUUGAUAUCACCAGGCCGCUCGUUGCCGCGGGAGCCAUCGGUGUCGCGCAGAGGGCGCUCGUUGAGGCCAUCAAGUACGCUCAAGAGCGCAAGACGAUGGGUCGCCCCAUCAUCCAGCACCAAGCAAUUGCUUUCAUGCUCGCCGACAUGGCCAUCUCCGUCGAGUCAGCCCGCAACAUGGUCUGGAAGUCGUGCUGGACAAAGGAUCAGGGCCUGCGCAACUCCUACUUCGCAUCGAUGGCCAAGGCUCUCGCGAGUGAGGCGGCCGUAGCCAACGCAGACCGAGCUGUACAAAUCUUUGGUGGAAUGGGCUACAACAAAGAGUCACCCGUCGAGAAGCUGUACAGAGAUGCUAAGAUCUACAUGCUUUACGAGGGCACGAGCCAGAUCCAGCGUCUGAUCAUCAGCAGGCAGAUCGAGGAAAUGUACAAGAUCUAAGGCAGGGGAGCAGUGCCGACUCCCUCCACGAG